AACCUGCUCUACUUAAACCAAAAGCAAGCAAAAGAGCUGGAGACUCACUGAUCUUCCAGCCCCAGCGCCGAUGCACACGUUGAAGUGGUGUGUUGUGAUCCAAUAAAUAAGGCAGAAUGCACAAUAUUGUGGUUGUCACUUUGCUCAUGUUCAGCAUCUUUUCUGAUGUCCAGCCUCAGAAGUACUCCUAUUCCGAGCCGGUGGGCUCUGGAGGAGGUGACACGUUCAGUAUCACAGGAGAGGGUCGCAUCACAGCAGUCCGAGUAUGGGAGCAAUACAACAACUUAAUCACGGGCUUGCAGCUCCGCUAUGGUCAUAUCUGGUCCCCUGCGGUUGGCAGUCGAGUUGGCGCAUUGAAGGAUUUUGAGUUGUAUGAUGGUGAAGCCAUCGUUCAGAUUUCUGGAAAGUUUACCUCCUCCGUCCAGUCGGUGGUGUUUGUCACUAAUCUCGGACGGUUUCUGCAAGCAGGACAGCCCCGUGGAAAUUCCUUCAACAUGUACCCCACCAGCAAGGAAGCGGAGUUGCGCAUCAUCAGCGGCCAAGUCAGAAAUGGUUUCACUUCUUUUGGGGCACACUGGGCUGCUGUUCAAGAGCUACAUUUUUAAACUGUGCCAAUUUUAAAAAAUGAAAUGUAAUUUUUUUUGCACAGUUUAAUAAUAUUGUUAUUUAAUGACUGCAAAUCACUGUCAUGAUCACCCAGUUGACGCAACCAAAGUGGGUUCACUUCCGAUUCAGUGUAAAUUUGAGUGUGAAUUACUGUUCAUUUUGUUGACAAAUCAUUUUUCCAUGAUGAAUGCAAGAUAACAAAUUAAAAUAAAUGCAAGGUGAGAACUGAGAUUUUCAUCAACGGAUAAAAACGAGACGAAAAUAUGAACAGAAAUGAAAUCCAACUAUAUCCGGUCGUUAGCUUGUCGACCUGUUUUACGUAUCGUCUCAACCUGAUUCGUGCUACUCAUGUGCAAAACUACGUCGUCGGUCGACCUAUUUUGCGGCACUUACGGAUCGUCUACGCAUCAGGCGACCCGAUUCGUACUACGCACGUGCAAACUACGGAAGGGUCUCUUCUUCUUUGACACUGGCUUCGCAGCAGCAUUGAAGAUAUGAGUACAUCUGCUGGUCACAUUAGGUACUACAGUCAAUUUACCUGCACGGUAGUGUCAUAUUACUCACGUGCUGUAAUACCGAACAUCUAAAAUAUUUGUAAUGUUUCUUAAAUUCAGGUAAAAUAAUAUAACAUUAAGGUUAGUGGGAAGUGAUUAACUUAUUGAUAUAUUUAUAUAAUGAAUGAAGAUGCUUUGUAACAUGAAUCACAAUGCGUUCCUUGUGGUGACCAGAUGUGGUCUUUUCUCUGGACACGUCCACUUUUUGUACCCUAUUAAAAAAUAUUUUUUUCUCCUCUC